AUGAUUGGACACCUACGCUGCUCCUCUAUUGUGUUCUCCUCUGUAAGUGUUCUAUAUGGAAUUGCUAUUUGGGGGUCUGGAUCCAAGCUUAAAGAUCUAGAAAUGAUUCACAUCAGGGCUGCCAGGCUAAUUCAUAAGAUACCAAAUAGUUUUGGGGAUAAUGAUGUACUUUCUAAGGUUGGCUGGAUGCCUUUAGAGUAUUUUUAUAAGCUACGUAUCUUAACUAUUACAUAUAAUGCUUAUUAUAAUUUAGGGUUGCGGGAAAUUAAUUGUUUGGUGACCAAGAACUCUAACAGUUAUAACCUAAGGAAAUCCCUGAAUGUUGUACUUAAUAGGCCCAAAACCGAAUUGGGUCGUAGGUCCUUUGCUCAUAGAUCUGCAGUAGCAUGGAAUGCACUUCCCGAUAAUGUUAAAGAUUCUCCAAAUUUAUCUAUUUUUAAAUAUAACUUAAAACAAUCCAAGCAAACUGUUAUGAAUAUUAAUUUUGAAAAGGGAGGUAAUGUUAUACAAAACAUGAAACCAAAUUUUCACUAUUACUAAAACUUUAUGGUUUACUUGAUUUAUUCAACUUAUAAAUUUUAUCAUAUCUGUAUUUUAUAUAAUUAUAGACUAAUUAGUUUAGGCAGGUCCACAUCAGCUGUAAAGUUGCGCAAAUUUUAACCUGCGUUAUCAAAUAAAGUUAUGUAUGUAUGUAUGUAUGUAUGUAU